AUGCCACCGCAAAAGAAACAACGUGAAAAGGAAGCCGCCAGCAAAGACAAGGAUGCCUUAAAUGCCACAGCAAAUCAUAACAAUAAUAAUUUGGCCACUCAGGCAAAUAACAAUCAUAAUCAGCAGAAUAUAAUGAUGAAUGGAAAUGGUGGUGGCGUAGUGGCUGAAGCUGCCGCCUUGGCCACCACAACAAACACAGACCAACACAACAAAAUCAAUGGCCAUCAACAGGAGCAGGAACUCUUUUUACAGGCCUUUGAAAAACCCACUCAAAUAUAUCGUUUUCUACGUAAUCGUCAUGGUACCAGUCCAAUAUUUCUUCAACGCACCCUUAGCUAUAUGAAGGAGCGUAUGUCACGCAAUCACAAAAAACGUAACAAUUUCAAAAUCAACAACAUGUUGGAUGCCGUAACGCAAAAGGGUCAAACUCUAACCAAUAAUUAUUUGAAUAUCAUUUAUUUUGGUCUAUUCGAAAAGGCUACAAAUGUUGAACAUAGCUGGCAGCCAGGUGAUAUUAUAACAGUGGAAUCGACCCUCUAUAAAAUAACCAAAAGUAAACGUAAGGAUAGUACAUCGGAUUUUCAGGAAGUGUUGUCCUACUCCUCAACCGUGGUAUAUAAUCCACAUGACAAUUUAGAUCAAAUGACUGCCAUAUCUAUACCAGCACAAUCCAUCCAAUCUCUGGGCGAUCAACAUACAAUCUAUAAGCUAUUGUUUCGUAUUAAAGUCACACCAAAUAGCAGUAAUGAAAAUACGGUAAAUGAUCAAACCCCCACCAAACGUUCUAAAAUGUCAACCAAACUUUAUGGCUGUGAGGUAAUUGUGUAUGAGAAAAAUAUCGGCUGUAUACCAGAGGGUGAUUAUGAUGCGGCCCUGCAGGAACUCAAUUCAUCGAUUAUCAAAUCAUUUUCACCAAAGAAACGUAGCUGGGAAACACUACCCGACAAUUACAUUCCAAUAUCAAUGAAAUUUGAUGUCUUUGCCCAGUAUCCAACAUUGAAAUUUCGUCUAACAUGGUCCGCCAAUGAAUUGCCCAAAGAAAUCGCUGCCCAAGAUAUGGAGAAAUAUGCCAGGUUUUCGGAAAUCUCAAAUGAUGAGGAGGACGAAGAGGAGGAGCAAGAACAUAAUAACAACAACAAUUGUCUCAAAGCUGGUUCUGGUAAAACACGUUCCCAGCUAUCGGCUGUUGCGGCGGCUGCAGCUGCUGCUGCAUCCAGUAAAAAACCCCUGGCCAAAACAGAAAAAAUACAAAUUGUCUAUAAUUUUCUAUACAGCAACAAUACACGACAACAAACCGAAUAUACCCAAGAGGUCAUAUGUCCCUGGUGUGGCCUCGAUUGUAUGCGUCUCUAUUCCCUGCUCAAGCAUUUAAAGCUAUGCCAUGCCAGAUUUAAUUUCACCUAUCAGCCGGCAGCUGGUAAUGGUGCUCGCAUUGAUGUUACCAUCAAUGAUUCGUAUGAUGGUUCGUAUGCGGGAUCGCCAUAUGAUUUGGCUGGACCGUCGGGUUGUUCGUUUGCUCGUACAUGUGGCCCCGUCAGACGUACCUCGGUCACCAAUCUUUUGGUGUGUCGUCCGCGGCGUCAAAAGACAUGUUUGGAUGAGUUUUUGGAAUUGGAUGAGGAUGAUUUGUCCAAUCAAAGGCCCUAUGUUACGGGGCACAAUCGUCUCUAUCACCACACCGAAACCUGCCUACCCGUACAUCCCAAAGAACUUGACAUCGAUUCGGAGGGUGAAAGUGACCCCUUGUGGUUACGCCAAAAAACCAUCCAAAUGAUCGAUGAAUUCACCGAUGUCAACGAGGGCGAAAAGGAACUAAUGAAACUAUGGAAUUUGCACGUGAUGAAACAUGGUUUUGUCGGCGACUGCCAGCUGCCAAUUGCCUGUGAAAUGUUCAUCGAUAGUAAUGGCUAUGAAAUCAUACGCAAGAAUAUCUAUCGUAAUUUUAUAUUGCACAUGAGUUCGCUGUACGAUUAUGGUCUAAUAUCGCCGGAAACUUUCUAUAAGAUUGUACAAAAACUUCAGGGUAUCUUGAGUAGAUAUCCCGAGGGUCAGGCCAUGAUGUCACGGCAACGAGAACAGCAAUUGAAAUAUUGGCUCGAGGUUGGCAUACACAAGCAGGAGGAACAAAAAUUGAAAUCGCCACAAAAGCCAGCAGUCAACAACACCACCAAUUUCUCUGCUGCGGCAGCGGCAUCAAAUAAAUCAAAAGGCGAAACAGCAACAAAUACCACGACUGGUGGUAGUGGUAAUAAAAAAUCAAUGCAACCGCCCGGUAAACGUUCGGGUAAUACUGCUACUGGUGGCCUUAAACGCUCCAGUACCAACCAUUCGAUGGUAAAUGGUGGUGGUAGUGACAGUAAUGCUGCCAAUGAUUCAUCGGAAAAGAACGGCAAAGGUGUUGCCAAGAAAACAGCAGCAUCUACACUUGGUGAAGAUCCUGAUAAUGACAAAACAACCGCGAAUGGUUUACGUCGUCUAUCAACAAAUGGUGUGGUGGAUAACAAGAAAUCAGAAAGCAAACAAACUGCAGCCUCAUCUACUAAAGAUUCGGAUAAUCAUAAUAGAGGACAAGGCAAUUCAAAACGAAGGCUAUCCAUGAGAGAUGUACCCCAACCGGCCACUAAACGCCAACGUAGUGACAGCAGCAGCAAUUCAACAAAUAAUAACACUGCCAGCAGCAACACUACUACCUCCAGCAGCAGCACGAGCAACACACGCCAGAAGGAUACAGCCCCCACGUCCGCUUCCUCCACCUCCUCCACAACCUCUGCAACAACAUCCAAUCUAACCUCAACCACCACCUCCAACACCACAUCCUCGGGGCAAUCAAAACGUUUAACCACAAGACGUCAAUCCUUGGCCGGUCAUCCAACGACGGAGACCUCGGCCAAGGGCCAGGAAAAAUCCACAGCAAAUGGUAAAAAUUCUACAUCAACUAGUGGUGGUGGUGGAUCCUCCUCCUCAUCAACACAUCAUACCCUGCGUACCCGUCUGUCGGUGCCUGCUAAUAAUAAAUCCGAUAAACGUUGA